AUGACUGGUCCAACUAUCAAAGAUGUAGAUACCACCACCCGUGAACUAUCUCAACUGAUGAAGAAUCUUACAGAUCUACACACCCGUGAUGCAACAGAGCGUAAGGAAGCUGCUCUAAGACAAGAUACCUUACUUGAUUCUUUGGUUAAAAUCUCUGAGGAAAACCAAGCAAAGUUUAACGCACUUAUUCAAGUUCUAUCUAAAACACCACCAGAUCCACCUGAACCUAAUUCUGAAGAAGGUUCAAAUAAUACCCAUCGAAAGAAUCCUUUCAAUACCUUCUCUAAAAUUCAUAAACUAGACUUCCCUAGAUUUUCUGGUGACAAUCCUCGUAGCUGGAUCCGCAAGUGUGAAAGAUUUUUUCAGAUCCAUUCCACUUCUGAUGAGCAAAAGACUGAAAUUGCUUCUUUAUACUUGGAUGGCAAAGCUGAUUCAUGGUUUCUGGACUUCCUUACUGGUAAAACAUUCAUCUCUUGGCCUGUUUUUGUAGAAGCUAUUUGUAGUCGUUUUGAGGAUCUUGGAAAUGAUAAUUAUGUGGGUUUUUUUAACAAGUUAUCUCUACUUAAUUCUGUUGAAGAAUAUUUUGAGCAAUUUGAGCAGCUAAAAGCGUUAAUGUUGAGUAAAAAUCCUCACCUUACUGAAGAUUACUUUGUGUUGAGCUUCAUUAGUGGAUUAAAGGAUGUUUCAAAGAGUUCUGUGCAGAUUCACAAACCGACCACCCUUGCUCAAGCAUUUUAUUUGGAUAGACUACAAGAACUUGCUCUCUCAUCACAAUCCUCAACCUCCAAAACCAUUCCAUCUAAACCAACACCAACCACCUUCACUUACACCAAAUUUACACCACCAAGACCACCUACAGUUCCUUCCACAAUGGGUGUUUCUCCUUCUAAACCUAUCCCUCAAAAUUCUACACUACCACCUAAAACCCCUUAUGUACCCCCAAUCAGAAGACUCACUUAUGAGCAAAUGAGUAAAAGAAGAACACAAGGGCUUUGUUUAAAUUGUGAUGAAAAAUACCAACCAGGCCAUAGAUGUAAAUCCCAACAAUUAUUUAUGAUGGUAGCUGUCCAUGAAGAAGAUGAUCUGGAACCUUCACCUCCUCAAGCUCCUAGUGAAGACCAAUUGAUUGACUCAGAUAUGGAGAUUUCUCUCCAUGCCCUUACUGGAAAUGUCAAUCCUGACACCAUUAGGAUCCCAGGAUUCAUCAAGAAAAGAGCCAUCACUGUCCUAGUGGACACAUGUAGUACUCAUAGUUUCAUUGAUACUGCUCUAGCAACUCAAUUGGGCUGUGAAGUUCAACCAACUGCUCACAUGUUGGUCACUGUGGCCAAUGGAGCUAGGACCAAAAGAACUGAUAUCUGUCCACAACUACAAUGGACAAUGCAACAACAACAAUUUGCUACAUAUUUAAGAUUAAUUCCUUUGGGAGGGUGUGAUAUACUUUUGGGUGCUGAUUGGUUGAGAACUCUUGGUGAUGUCACUUUUAAUCUGGCCAAGCUAUCUAUUUAUUUUCUUCACAAGGGUCAAGUAAUAACUCUACAAGGUACUUCUACUAAACCCACAAUCAUGCUACUUAGUGGUAAUGCUAUGAAAAAUUUUAUCAAGAAAAAUACUCCCGCUCUAGUAGGACAAUUCUUUUCUAUUACAAUGACUCAUCCACCUGCUACAAUACCUACACCAAUUCAGGAGUUGCUCAACAAAUUUUCUGAUGUUUUUGAGGAACCAACACAAUUACCACCACCAAGAUUCUAG